AAAGGCACUUAAAAUAAUUUAAGCCUCCUAAAUAUGGGCUUUAUUGGGCUAUAUUGGAUUAGUAGUUUACUUAGAAACUAGGCCUAAACAAAACUAGUGUAUACCAACAUGUCUAUAAAUACUACAAACAAACCACUUGAAGAGAGAGAUGGCAGACGCGUUCUUUGUCUCAUCUUGUCGGGAAAUGCCCCUUCCAAACUCCGUCGGAGUAUAAUCCCGAUUCAACCCAAAUCUGUAAACACACAAAAAGGUUUCAUCUUUACGGACAAUGUCGUCGUCAAACUUCACAGUGGAAUCGUGUAACAUUGAUUCGGAAGAAGGGGUGAAGCUUCACACGAGAAUCUUCAAACCCAAAGAGCCGAGAGGCGCUGGAAAGUCCACGGGAAGGGCUACUCUUACUGGCUUCGCUGAGGUCAAGGACGUGAUCGCUGUUUGUCGGUGGCUUGUUCAGGAAUUUGAAGUUGAUAGGAUCUUGCUCGUGGGUUCUUCUGCUGGUGCACCAAUCGCAGGAUCAGCAGUGGAGCAAGUAGAGCAAGUGGUGGGAUACGUGAGUUUAGGAUACCCAUUUGGUCUACUAGCCUCUGUUCUGUUUGGACGACACCACAAGGCCAUUCUCUCAUCCCUCAAACCCAAACUCUUCGUCAUGGGAACACGAGACGGCUUCACUAGCGUUAGCCAGCUUAAGAAGAAGCUUAAAUCUGCAGCGGGAAGCACAGAAACGCACCUCAUUGAAGGAGUUAGCCAUUUCCAGAUGGAAGGACCUGAAUAUGAUUCUCAGAUGGCUGAUGUCAUAUGCAACUUUAUUUCAUCCUUAUAAAAGAAGUCAUUAUGCAACCUGAUGAUGAGUAUCCAUGUAAGAGACAAGAGUUACCCUUGAUUUGCAUCAUUGAUACAUGUUAUGACACAAUAACAGAGUUUGUCAGCAAGAUCGUUACAAAACAUUCUGCUAAUCUGCAUCCUCAGAGUGGGUGGAAAAGCGUUAUACAGCUACUUUCUUUGUGUGGAAGACAUCCAGAAACCAAAGAUCAAGCCGUGAAUGUUCUCAUUGGUCUAAUGUCCACCAACGACAAUAGAUGACUUGCACAAGAAGCUACUAGACUACUCUGAGGCGCGAAAACGUGGAAAGAGAGAUGACAAGCAUGGAAGGAACGCUCAAGAUAGCAAUGAACGCUCAAGAUAGCAAUGAAAAUGCUCAAGAACGUCUUCUUGAAUUACCUAGAAUAGAUUGUAUAGGAAGCGUUGAGCUUAUAACCUUUUAGUUAGGAGUGUUGAGAAGAAUGAACACAUGUUUCUUUUGACCAUAAUGAUUGGUACAAUGAAAGAGAUGUUGGUGCAAAAGGAAGAUGACGAUCUUUGGGAUAUAACUUUGAUUCAGAUUCAAUGGAUUGCCCUUUCGUUAAAGGAUGAGUUA